GAAGCGUUCAGCGGAGCUGGGCGGUCUGUCUCAGGGAGCCUCGAGCACACGCUCGGCGGCUGGGAAAUGUGAGACAGACAUUCUUCCAUUGGUGCCACCAAAAUGUUGUCGGCAAGGGAGCUCGGUGGGGGGGCAUGCUUGGAAAAAGUUGUCACACGCCCACUGGGCCUGGCUUCCAUCCUCGUCGCAGGAUUCUCCUCUCCCUGACACGCUCUCAGAGAUACGCACACACACACACACACACGCACACGCGGUACGAAGUAGGAGAGCGGGGAGGACCACGUGAGGGAGGAAGGAGAAGAGAGAUCGAGAGGAGAAGAUGGAGGGCUCGCUCUCCGUGCUGCAGCGGCACCCUGGCCUGUCGGUGGCCGCCUUCUCCUUGGUGUUCAGGGCCGUCCACAAGCUGCUCCGUGCCCUGCCGCUGCCCAAAGGCGUGUGCCGUGAUGAGUUCCGCGUGUGGAAGUGGAGGAAUCUCUCGGUGUCCCUGGUGCACUCGAUGCUCACGGGGCCCUGGGCUGUCACCUGUGUGCUGCUGUCACCAGAGAUGCUGGACAACAUGUACUCAUCCUACACACCCCUCUCAUACCUCCUCAUCUGCACCUCCACAGGGUACUUUGUUCAAGAUGCUGGUGACAUCAUCCUAACUGGGCAUGCCAGGGGGUCUUGGGAAUUCCUUCUUCACCAUGCUCUGGUGAUCUGGUGCUUCCUGUACACGCUGUUCACUCGGCACUAUGUGGCAGGUGCUGUGGUUGCCCUCUUUGUGGAGGUGAACAGUGUCUUCCUGCACACACGGCUGCUGCUCAAGCUGGCAGGGGCACAGUCAUCCCGACUGUACGGCCUCAACCGGCUCAUAAACCUGUUCACUUAUGUGCUUUUCCGCUUGAGUGCGCAGGCCUACCUCACCUGGUACAUACUGAGGAAUUACUCCUGGCUCGACCACGCCGGAUAUUUCCUCAGCAGCAUGAUGCUCAUGAACAUCAUGAUCCUGGUGUACUUCUACCGCCUGCUGCGGGCGGACUUUCUACCCCGUGGCAAGGGCCACCUGGCCCACAAUGGCAUGCAACAUGGCAGCUCUAAAAAGUUUCUCAGCGAUUAACGCAACAAUUAUUUUGAUGUUUUUGGUUGUGUUCUGGCUUCUGGACUUGUUUUGCAUUCUCAUACAGGGAGUCGAGAGUUCUGUCUCACAUUACCUAUGCAUUAUUUUGAAUCCAUGCCUUCAUGUCCUGUCCACUGCCCCUGUGAAAACCACCUACUGUACGCAUCUCGCCCUCAACCACCUCCAGUACUUUCAGAACACCUGCGUUACACGUCAACUAAUCUUUGCCAAGUCCAGAAGUAUAUCCCAAGUCUGCGUGUGGCGGACUAACAAACGGACAAUAACUCGGUCUUCAACACAGUUUGAUGGCCCUGGUGCCAAGUGUCACUAGGCUCUGGAACUUCCGCUUUGGAAUGGAGGCCUGAAUGAAAGAGAAAGAGGCAGUUCAAGAACAAGUGAGGCUAUGGCACUUGGCCUUACCGUCUCAGCACCAGUAUUGUCUGCAUGAAGCCCAAGUGGUUGAAGGACUGCCAGCUUGUGAAAUCACCACACUUAAAAUAGCCCCACAAACUCUUCAUCUCACACUGGAUGUGACAGAGAGACGUGGUUUACAUGUAUACUAAAAUACCUUCAAGAUGUUUUGGAGUUGACAAACCUUACCAUCUCACUACACAUAAAAACAUUUUAAUGAAGAACAAUUUUUGUACUGUAACUUUUUCAAAAUGAAGGUGGUACAAAGACAUGACUUAGCUACGUGUUUAUGAGUUAUGUUUUGUGAAAAUUUAAUUCUGGGAAGGGAAUAUUAGAACAAACUGGUGCACACACCCAGCGGUCAAUCAUGUACACAUCGCUUAUAAAUCUCCCGUAACCUUCACGCUCCUGCAUGUGCUGUUUUGUGCAAACCCACCACCACCCCACCUUGACCUCUCCUUUGUCCAGUGGUGUCCCAUAUUGGGAGGCAAUAGAUCCAGAAGGCUUAUUACUGCAGGGCUCCAGAAAGCUGAAGAGUAUGUGGUAGAACUUGAUGAAAUGAAUGCUGCAAACAUCACAUUCACUUUGUACAGACCACAUUCUACCAACAUUUAAUUAUACUAUCUAAGCAACCACCCAGUCUGCCAACAUUCCCCAGAGAACUAGAAUUAGUCAAAUGGUUGCAAGAAGGCAUUUAAAUAAUUUUCAAUGUUGUCGCUUUGUAAGUAUAUUCCAAGUUAAUAUAAAGCUAGAAAUAUGAAAUAUGAUCCACAUCAUGAUGAUUCAAAAACAUCUUGAGACAAGAACAAAUUCUUUUCCCGAUUUUAUAGGAAUCUUGAUUAUUAGAAGAUACAAAUACAACAUGGGCCAGACACUAUUUUCCGAGAAUAUGCUGCUCCCUAGUGGAAUUUAACACGUGGUGCUGUGUAGGGGCAGUACCAGGCUCUUCUAGGAGAAGGAGGUUCAACCUUUGUCCUGGGAACUGCUGUGUAUGAUGAACCAAAACCAUUAGUG